AUUCCCUUUCUCUCUCUUCUUUUCCCGCCGGAGAACUGCUUUGUUCGCCGGUGAACUGUCGCCGGAGAAGUUGCACGAGUACAGUUUCUCUGUUACCUCGCUUUUGAAUAGUGUCCGUUAUUUCCGCGCGUGGUUAGAUCAUCCGGAUUCGUCGGUAAACGUUUUUCGUGUUGCCGGAAAAUUGAUUGUUCGCCCGUGUAUUUUGUCGCCAGAGAAUAUAAAGUAUCAUAGAUUCUCUAUUAUCCUUUGGUUUAUGGUAGUGUACCUUGUUCCUGCGCGUAGUUCGAUCGCUCGAGCGGUGAAACCGUUCUGAUCUCUGGGUUUGGCUCGGUUUGUGCAGUCUCAAGUGUAGGAGAAGACCGCCGGAGUGGAGUAGAGCUUCGGAAUGCGAUGCUAUGAGAACAGUUGACUGUACAGUUUAUAUUUAGAAGAGUGACGUUUCGUGUUGCUGAUAGCAUGUCGAGGGAAGCUAUGUUGGAGUUUUUGAAGCGAAAAAGGCUUCAACGAAAGAAAGCAGAAUCUAUGAAUGAUUUGACUUAUGUCAGCAAUACGAUGAGUAGAAGUGGAGGAGAUGCCCUAAGAUCUUCAGCUUCAUGUGGUGUAAGAAUUAGUGUUAAUGCUGAUAUGCAUUCAGGGUCCGGGACUUCUUUAAACGAAAGAGAUGUUUUCCCAAAGAACAAGGUUGCGAAGUUUGAUACAUCUGAUCUUGAAUGGACUGGUAAAAUUCCAGAAUGUCCAGUGUAUUAUCCAAGUAAAGAGGAGUUUGAGGAUCCUUUAGUUUAUCUCCAGAAGAUAACUCCUGAAGCUUCUAAACAUGGUAUAUGCAAGAUUGUUUCCCCAAUCAUGGCUUCUGUUCCGGCUGGAGCAGUUUUGAUGAAAGAGAAGGUUGGUUUUAAAUUUACAACAAGGGUACAGCCACUUCGUCUAGCUGAAUGGGAUACAGAUGACAAGGUCACUUUUUUCAUGAGCGGGAGAAGCUACACAUUUCGUGAUUUUGAGAAAAUGGCGAACAAGGUUUAUGCUCGUAGGUAUUGUAGUGCUGGAUGCCUUCCUCCUACAUAUAUGGAAAAAGAAUUUUGGCAUGAAAUAGCUUGUGGAAAGACUGAGAGUGUUGAAUAUGCAUGUGAUGUUGAUGGUAGUGCAUUUUCAUCUUCUCCCAAUGAUGAACUUGGAAAAUGCAAAUGGAAUAUGAAGAGAUUUUCUUGCCUACCUAAAUCAAUACUUCGACUACUCGAAAAAGCAAUCCCGGGAGUUACUGAACCGAUGUUGUACAUUGGAAUGCUAUUUAGUAUGUUUGCCUGGCAUGUCGAAGAUCACUAUUUGUAUAGCAUCAAUUAUCAUCAUUGUGGGGCAGCAAAAACCUGGUAUGGUAUUCCAGGUCAUGCAGCACUCGACUUUGAAAAGGUUGUCCGAGAGCAUGUCUAUAACAAUGAUAUCUUAACCGCCGAUGGAGAGGAUGGAGCUUUUGAUGUGCUUUUGCAGAAGACUACAUUGUUUCCUCCUAACAUUUUAUCAGAACAUGAUGUUCCUGUCUAUAAAGCUGUUCAAAAGCCUGGUGAAUUUAUAGUAACUUUUCCAAGAGCAUAUCAUGCUGGAUUCAGCCAUGGUUUUAACUGUGGUGAGGCUGUGAACUUUGCAACUGGUGAUUGGUUUCCAAUUGGUUCAAUUGCUAGCCGCCGUUAUGCACUCCUGAACAGGGUGCCUCUUCUUCCUAAUGAGGAACUUCUCUGCAAAGAAGCAAUGCUUUUACGUACGGAUUUGGAACUUGACUAUCCAGCUUAUUCCUCUGCAGACUUGAUCACCCACCAUAGCAUCAAAGUUUCUUUUAUAAAUUUGAUGCAGUUUCAGCAUCGUGCUCGUUGGUGCCUCAUGAGAUUAAAAGCAUUUUCUGGUAUAUCAUCAUUUUCACACGGCACUAUUCUUUGCAGCAUAUGCAAGCGUGACUGUUAUGUAGCAUAUCUGAACUGCAGCUGCUAUUCACAUGCAGCAUGCCUUCGCCAUGAUCCUAGGUCACUUCAUUUUCCUUGUGGCAGCAGUAUAACCCUUUGCUUAAGGGAAGAUAUUUUGGACUUUGAAACUGCAGCUAGAAAGUUUGAGCUGGAUGACAAUGUUUUGCAUGAUGUUGGGCGUUAUAAAGAAGGUGGUGACUUUGCUCUCCUCUUGAACAUGCUUCCGCAAGCUGAAGAGGAAGGAUAUGUUCCAUAUUGUGAAAUAAAUUAUGAAUGGACAGUAAAAUCUGAGGACUGGGUAGAACAAACAUUUCAUGAGCAAGCUUCCAAUGCUUCUGCGUCUAGUAUUGAACUUGUGCCCAAUACUGGUUUGCCAAUGGAGCGGAAAGACUGCCUCCCCACUAGUAUUAAUGUACAGGAAAAUGCUUAUAACUCACAAGUAGGAAACGCCGUAUCUGUGAAGUCUUUUAGAGACACUUCUAGGUGUAGAGGUGAAAGAUCAGCUUGUUCACCUAGUACUGACUAUUUAAAAGUACAUGAAAAAGUAGCUCAUGUUUCAGAUGUUAGAACUCUUUCUGACCAAGACAAUGAUGAGUCCGAUACGGAGAUUUUCAGAGUGAAGCGACGUUGUAGAGCAGAACAUGGAAGUAGACAUGAUUCAAUACCAGAUAAUGUUGAGCACCAGGGUUACAAACGAUUAAGGAAACAUCAAGUUGAAGGACGGUUUGAGCCAUCAUAUGCAUCUGACCGUUCUGUGGCUGAAGAUGCAACUCAUAGUUCCAAUGCUAAUUCAAGCCAUUCUAAGAAAGACAAGCCAGCCAGAGGUGGUACGGUUCCCAUCUCUAUUAAGUUUAAGAAAAGGGCUAAUGAAGAAGAAUCUAGAAAGCAAAAUGAGCAUAAAAGAGAUGAAAAGUUCGGGUAUGAGUUGGGUAAGACUGUUGGGGAACCACCUCCUAGAGAUAGGACCAAAGAGGCUGAAAGUCAAGGUCCUUCAGUUUUUAAGUUUGGAGGAAGAACUGAAUAGCUCAUAAAAUCCAACUUUACUAACACCCAUUUUCUCCAACGGGGAUCUAACAAAAGGAUGAAACGCUAAAUAUUUAGGGGGAGCAGCAAUGCAACUGUUAACCAAAACAUAGAUUCAGGAUGUACAUUCUAUGUGCAGGCUUCAAAAUGAGGCAAACGGAGCGCUAAUGAUUCUUAUGGUUCUCGGGGCCAGGAUGUUCUCGUCUUUGGCAGGAGAACGUCUCUCUGCCUUGUGGGCAGAGUUAACUGAUAUUUGUGCUGCCAGGUGGUAGCAAUACUUAGUGGAAAAGCUGAUAAAGGUCUCUUUCCUUUGCCACGAACAGAUAGUAGAUUCGGGUUAGGUACUUCACUCAUGUACAUUUUGUUAUUAACAAAUUGGUCGAUUCUUGUGAGGUCCAAUGUCCAAUAUCAGGUUAGGCCUCUGAGAUAAAUGUGACAUCUACUAUCUUCUUGUCAAUGGGGUAAUUAUUCUUUUUGUAGCUAA